AUGGCGGACAGAAUGAAGCGGGUGCUGCAUCAGGUCAUCUCACCGGAGCAGUACGGUUUUAUCCCGGGGAAGCGACUGUCUGACGCGGUCGCGCUGGUGGCUGACGUCAUUGAUGUGGCGAGAAACGAGAAGAUGGACUGGUACAUGCUAUUGGAGGUGGAGAAGGCAAAGCUGGGGCUUGACAAGGAUGGGCAGCAGCUGAGCUACCUCGGCUACGCUGAUGAUACGACGCUCAUUCUGCAUGGGAAAAAGCAAAUUGUUAAGGCGGAAGUGAUUUUGGACAAUUUCGAAAAAGCAGCAGGUCUGGCAACAAACAAAGGGAAAUCCGUGGUGUUACCUCUGGGGAUUAAUAUCGGAGAGGCGGCGGACGGCUCGUCUGACUUCAAAUGGGCCGGUGCAAAUGAUGCUGAACGCCUGCUGGGGGUAUGGGUGUCUCCCUCGGGGGAUGGGCAAGCGACAUGGGAGAAGGCAAUCGGUCGCGUCGCUGAAAAGCUGGUGAAAUGGAAGCAGAAGUACCUGACGACGGCGGCGCGUGCAUCGGUGGUGAAUUUUUACAUUACUCCGUUGAUCGCGUUCCAAGCUCAAGUCUACCCGCCGCCUGCAGAGGUCUGGGAGGACUUGGUGCGCAUGCUGCAUGGUUUCUUAUCUGGCAACAGAGUAUCAGCGGCGAAAGGUUUCUUUCUCUGGAUCAAAGUUCUGCUAUACACGACGAGAGAGGCGGGCGGAAUUGGAGUUAGAGACCCGGAGAUUGUUAUCACCUGUCUGGCGGCGAGAAGGGCGGGACUAUACGUCACGGAAAAUAACUGCUUAAAGAAAGAUUUGAUGGAGCGGGCGGCGAAGCUUCCUCUGGGCGUCGACUCGUUUGGGGCCCAUGAAAAGCUCUUCAAAAACUGGGAAGGCGGAAGUGUCCGCUGGAAGCAGACGUGUGAAAGCCUCUCCGGCUCGCCGCUGUGUCUACGUGGUCCAGCCUGA